UAUUACGACUUCCGGUUAAAAAAAAAGCUAGUAAGCAAAAACAAAAAUACUGCAAUUUUCUGGACAUGACAUCUGAUUCCAACUGUAAUAUCAUUGAGCAUUUGAAUAGAGAUUUUGAAAAAUGGCAAGAGAAAGACAACUCAGACUUGAUUUACUUGUUAGAGAACAAUACAGAUGAAAAUGGUCAUGUUGUGCUAGUGUUGCUGCUUGCAAGUGAACAUGAAUUCAAACUCCAUAUACCAAUUAAUUACCCAGAUGGGGCCACACCUUUUUAUGUUGAAGCUGAUUCCUUGAUAAGUGCAUGGAGUAAUAGCCUUAAUGAGAUUCUAAAAGAAGCCACACAACCCUUUUCACUCGAAGAAGUUCUCAACAAUGCUGUUGAUUUGUACACUAAACAAAAAGCCCCCAAAAGUCCGUCAACGUCUGAGGAGGAGCUGAGUGAUGAGGAGAUGGAAGCCAUUUCUGAUGACGAGGAGGAACAAGAGACUAUCAUUUUGGCUGAUGACGAUGCAUUCACAACAGAAUGGGAGUUGAAAGUCGCUCGUAAAAAGAAACGAUGGGCACAAAAAGAAGCUGAAUUGCGAGAGUCCAUGAGGCUCACAAAUGACCCAAACUCAAUGGGAGCAGUUGCAGCCACACCAGCCAUGGCUACUGUCAAAUCUGUCUUUACUAGUUCUGGAGCGGCAGGGAUACUUACAAAUGACCUUGUCCGGAUUAUGGAGAAUGAGAGGCAAAUUGGGUUUACAGCUGAGCCUAUCGAUGACAACAUUUAUCACUGGCAAGUCAAAAUAUUUGACUUUGACCCCCAAAGUGAAUUAUGUCAGGAUAUGAGUGUUAUUGAGAAAAACUUUGGAUACAACUACAUAGAGCUGGAAAUGAUGUUCCAGAUUGAUCUUUACCCGUUUUAUCCACCGUUAGUCAAAGUAAUGAGGCCCAGACUUCAGGGCUUCAUGAUGCAGAGAGUGACUAACAUGGAGAUGUUGAAGCUGUCCUACUGGUCCCCCACCAAAGACAUGCAGGGUGUCAUACAGGAGAUCAAGGCUUUCCUACAGCAGUGGGCAAGGUUAGAGGUGGAGAGUGAGAGAAACGAUGUCCAGAAGUACCCUCGGGGAGCCUACUUAGAAAUGGAGCAUCACCUACUCACCCUGGCUCUGGUCAGCGAAGUUGUACCGCGUGUUAAUUUAAGAUACCAAAUGGAUGUUGACAAAAUGGCUGAAAUGAAAUCUCUACCAGCUAAUAAAAAUAAAAGACCAGAUUUUCACAAAGAAUAUUGGGCUAGAGGGACGGGAUAUGGACAUCAUAACAGACCAGAGUGGGACAUCAAUGCCUAUCUUGCUGCCCAGAAAGAGAAGGACAACAAGAUUGAGAGUGUUCUCCAUCAAAUUCUGGAGGAGUUGAAGUUGUUGUACUCCCAGCAUGCACCACAGUUAAAGCCCCGACCCCGCGACAGCAUGAUCGACCCUGAGAUCCAAGACACAGGACAGGGGGUGGAUCCUGUCUAUGACAUGUACACCGUUCUUGAAGGAUCUGCUCUUAUACCAUUUAUUGAGCAAUAUUUAAUGGCAGAUUCAUUUUUGGAGAUUUGUAGACAUUCAGAUGUAUAUAAAGUUAUUGUUGAUAUUGUAAAAGAACUGGCUCGCCAGAGGCAGUUUCUCCCCUUACUCUGUGCACUACCAAACCAGGAGACGUCUAUAUAUCAGCUGUUAUCACAGCUAGAACAACGAGCCUCCAUCAUGUUAAGGCACCUAAACAAGGCGGGUAAUGGGAGUGUACCUAAAGCCACGCCCCCAAAACCCUCCGAGAGUGAAACCUCCAGUUCUUUCAAUCUCUUUCCUAAAUGUUUCUCUAGAUGUCGGAGUUCACCGAGCACGCUCAGUUCCCCAUCCUCCUCAGAGUCAGAAAUGGCAGAAGAGAAGUUAGCCAGAGAAUUUGCAGUCCUUUUCAAUCUUGUGAAAGGUAUGCUGGAACUGGACGGUUUAUUGUCUAACAGCACCUCCAUGUCUAGUCAGUCCUCACUGGAGAGCGACAAAAACUCACCCAAAUCAGAGGAGCCCAAAACGGAACAACAGACACAAAUAAGUGAUGUUCAAUACAAGCAAGCAUUACAACCCCUGCAAUAUAUGGCUGCAUCGUUGUCCUUGGAUGGCACACACUGUCACAACUAUGCAUCAGAAUUCAAACACUCACAGAAUGUUACACAGAAGCAGGUUUUAAGGAUUGCACAAGAGUUAUCUUCUCUUUCAACCUCUCUUCCCCUUGAAUUGUCCUCUAGCAUAUUUGUCAGAACUGAUGAUGACAAAAUAACUCUAAUGAAAGCUUUAAUCACUGGUCCUGAAGGAACCCCAUAUUCCGGAGGUUGUUUUAUAUUUGACAUUUAUUUCCCACCGAUGUACCCACAAACCCCACCUCACGUCAACCUUCAGACCACGGGAGGGGGCAAAGUCCGAUUUAAUCCCAACUUGUAUGCGUGUGGCAAGGUUUGCCUCUCCUUGCUAGGUACAUGGGAGGGACAGAGAGGGGAGCAGUGGAAUGUCAAAACUUCUACUUUGCUACAGGUGCUUGUAUCGAUCCAGUCGUUGAUCCUAGUCCCAGAUCCAUAUUUCAAUGAGCCUGGAUUUGAACAGGAAAUUGGCACAGACUCUGGGAAGAAACACAGUGAUGAUUAUAACGAAGAUGUGUGCUACAACAAUAUGAAGUAUGCCAUGAUCAGCCAGCUUCAGAACCCACCACCAGAAUUUGCAGAUGUCAUUAAAAGUCAUUUCUACUGGAAGAAACAAAGGAUUCUUGAGGAGGUAGACAGUUGGGUGAAAAAGCACAAUAACAAAAGGCUUGAGAGAGCGGCACAAAACCUGAAGCAAGAAUUAAAGAAGUUACAUCAACCCCCAAGCACUGCAUCACAAUUUCAGCUGAACCAUAAACAGUAUAAGGUUGGAGACUUUGUGUUGAUCGCGAGCAGUAAUGAUGACUUUCAGGAGGAUCCCAUGGAGUCGGCCUACGUCGCCAAACUGGAGGACCUGUAUUCAGAUGGAAUACGAGAUGUAGCAGAGGUUCAGUGGUUCUGGACUCAGGAAGAAAUUCCAGACUCGGUUCUGAAGAGAUGCUCAAAGAAAUUUGGUCCAGUAGAGUCAAAUGAAGUAUUCCUGAAUGUGGGCAGAAAUGUUCAAAGAGAGAUAGACCCUGAGACUGUGUUGUGUAGAUGUAAUGUGACCCAAUUUGGUUCUGAAGGAAAACAAUCCAAAGAAAAGCUGAAAACAUUUGUGGUUAAAAAGACAUUUGAUGGAACAAAAUUCCAAGACCUUGAAAAUAUUAAAGAAAAAAGUCAAACCAAGGAGACAAAACCAUUAAAUAACAGGGAAUUCAAGGAGAACAAGAACUUGGGGUCUAGAACUAGGAGGUCGUUUGGAGGAGUGCCAUCCCGACAGUUACAGGAAAGAAACAGUUUAUUGAAUGUUAUACCCAUUGAAAAUGAUCACAAUGUGGAAACCGAUGUCCUAACGUCACUGGUUCCUCUGGUGAAGAAACUUCCUGACAGACGCAAGUCAACAGGGCAGUUUUUAGGUCGACGGAUAGAGGCACAAGAUGUAGCUUCCAUGUUGAUGAACGAUGAUGAUUCUGAUGCAGUUUCUUUAAUAUCAACCACUUCUUCAGAUGUAUCUAGUGUCAUUAGCAAAAAAUCCACACCUUUAAAGUCCAUUCUUACACCGCAGAAGAAACCCGAGCUCAGUCGCACAGAGCCCCGUAGAUUGAACAGAAGGGUGUCAUUUUCCACCCAGGAGAGUAGACCUGCCCCCAAGUCUGCCACUAAAGCAGAGAGAAAAGUGCAGAAAGUUUUGAUUAAAAGAAUCUCAGAAAAUGAGUAUCAGUCUCAUAGAAACAAAACGCCUGAGAGCAGCGAAAGACCGGCCCGCAAAAAACUCACUCGACAGUUUGAUGCAGCUCUCCCUGAUACGCCUGCUUCUCGGAAUCUGCGGAAAAGGAGCAAGGUCAUAUCUUAUGAUGAGAACGUGGACUUUUCACCUGUUGGGAAGAAUGAAGUUUUUCACCCUGCAUCAGACUCUGACUCUGCUGACAGCGAUAUGUCAGACUUCAGUGAACCAAUCAAAAAGAAAAGUUCAAGGACAACUACACCCAAGGCCAAAAAAUCAAGGAAAAGUAGUACUUGUGUCACACCUAAGAUCCCGGACAGAUGUGAGCCAUUAUCAUCGCCUUCCAAUGUUCUAGAAGAGGCCAGGACAAGGUUGCAUGUGUCAGCUGUUCCAGACAGCCUGCCCUGCAGGGAGACUGAAUUUGAGGACAUUUUUAACUUUGUAGAGAGCAAAAUCCUGGAUGGCACUGGAGGGUGUAUGUACAUAUCUGGUGUACCUGGUACAGGUAAAACAGCCACUGUACAUGAGGUUGUGCGAGCUCUUCAUCGGGCCACUGAGCAGGAAGAGCUGCCAGGCUUCAAGUACAUAGAGAUCAACGGAAUGAAGUUAACAGAGCCCCGUCAGGCCUACGUACAAAUGUUGCAGCAACUAUCCAAUCAGAAGGCCACGCCUGACCAUGCUGCUGACCUUCUGAAUAAAAAAUUCACCACUCCAGGACCUCGCAAAGAAACCAUUGUAAUGCUAGCUGAUGAGUUGGACCUUUUGUGGACAAGGAAACAAGACGUGAUGUACAACAUCUUUGAUUGGCCAUCACAUCGCCACGCCCGACUUGUUGUAUUAGCCGUGGCUAACACGAUGGAUCUACCUGAGCGAAUCAUGAUGAAGAGAGUCUCCAGCAGAUUAGGUCUCACAAGGAUGACCUUCCAGCCCUACACUUUCAAGCAGCUCCAAGAAAUAGUGAUCUCCAGAAUGAAAGGACUGAAGGCGUUUGAGGAGGAUGCCAUUCAGUUAGCUGCUAGGAAAGUCGCAGCCGUGUCGGGGGAUGCUAGGCGGGCUCUGGACAUCUGCAGACGGGCCACCGAAAUCGCUGAAAAUCUCUUUCCUUCCAAAACCAAGCUCUCCUUAGUGGGAAUGUCACAUGUUAAUGCUGCGCUGCAAGAAAUGUUCUCAUCCCCUAAAGUUGUAGCCAUGAGGACUGCCUCGGACCAGGAGAAGAUAUUUUUGCGAGCUGUGGUGGCAGAGUUCCAGAGAUGUGGGUUGGAGGAAGCCGAGUUUGCCAAAAUUUACAUACAACAUACAGCAUUGUGUAGGAUUGAUGGACUGAAACCUCCAUCUACCACAGAAAUGGCCAGAGUAUGUGCCGGAUUGGGAAGUGUACGAUUGCUGCUUGUGGAACAUGGCCGCAAUGACCUUCAAAUGAGAGUGAGGCUGAAUGUUAGUCAGGACGAUGUUCUGUAUGCUCUCAAGGAGAAAAGUGGAGUUUGACCAAAAUAGACUGUAGCUAAAUCAAGUUGAAAACUGUGCUGCAAAAGGAUUUAGUGUAAUUUGCUCAUGCAUGUACAUCUUCCAUAUUGUGUUCAAAUGCUCACUGUAUUCAUAUGAAUUUAGAAUAAUAUAUUCUCAUUAAAUUUAUAACAAAGUUUUAAUCUGUUCAAUAUUUAUUAAGCUGAUGAUGUUCUACCAUUCUAUGUAAUUUUAAUAUGAUAAUUGAAUAAACAAUUGAUUUUGUUAAACAA